GGGCAUCUGAGUUUUCAGGUCUUUUCUCCGGAUUCUUUCCUCCGGAUUUCUUUACUAUUGACGAGAGAAGGUCAGUUUGGAGGAGAUGCACUAGAUCAGGGAUUUUGUUCUUCCGAGUUCCGCGCCCCCCGGGACCGUGCGUCCCUGCUGCCCCGCCAUGUGCGUGCUCCUUCCGGCGUGGCUGUGCCUCAUCCUCGGCCUGCUGCCUCUGGAGAUCCAGUCCCGGGCUUUGACUCUGCAGAGCCUGGCUCACCGACACAGGUUGGGUUUACCCCGAACCCCUAGAUUCCCAAAUCCCUCUCCUUCCAUCAUCAUGCCCACUGCCUCUGAUCUCCCUGCUGUCCUUGACAACAACAUUGCUCAGGGAGACAGGCACAUCAUGUGGAGGGCCCUUCUGCACAAAGAACCCCCGCCGAGGUUGUCCAACCCAUUCCUCGACCAAGAUGACAAUGUGCAAGGGGAAGGGGUGGCCUGGCAGCGAGCAUCACGGGGUCGUCGCCAUGCCAACAGUGGCGGCGGGAGGGGUCACGGACAACUGAUGAGGGUAGGCUGCGUCCUGGGGACCUGUCAGGUGCAGAACCUCAGUCACCGUCUCUACCAGCUGAUUGGACAGAGCGGGAGGGAAGGCUCUUCCCCCAUCAACCCCCGCAGCCCUCACAGCUACGGCUAAGACCACACCCCUCGACUCAACUCUGUGGAGACAACUUUAUCGACAACCAUCAACGAACUUAAUUAAGAGGUCCGUUGUUGCAUUGGUGACAUGGUUAGAGCGGGAAAUAAAUCUAGCCUAUAGAUGUCUGUCUUUGAUGUCAGUCUGUAAUGUGUCUUUUGAUCGCUGCUUAAUAAUUAACAUAAUACGUGUGUGGUGGCAUUUAUCCUGUGUGUCAGUGUGAACCACUUAGCAUAUACGAGGAAAACAGGGAAGCCUCUGCCAAGCCUAUUGUACCCAGCCCUGCUUCUGACACAGGGGAACGAGCGUCUGACCGCUGUCUGUUGUUGCAAAAGGUCAUUUUUAAUGACCCCAUUGAGCUGAACUUCACCUAUCUGAGCCUUAGUCCAGCUGGUGUUUGAAAAACACCUUCACCUCUCUUUCUAAACAAGUGGCUUUACUUAACUCCACAUAGAAAGCAAGAAUAACCUCUAAUGAGACCCUUUAACCCUUCACCUAAAACCCUACACUGCACACCAUCAGCCAAAUUAACCACUAACCCUAAUCCAUAAUCUGUCCGCACGCUACUUGGAUACUUUGUCUUUACUCCCUGACAAGACAAACCAGACACACAGUGGAGAGCCAUGCAUUGUACCAGUACACAGUAAAUCUACAAAUCCUACUUUCACUUGUUCCCCCAUUACAUCUGUUUCUUGGCCUCAUUCAGUUUUAUCCAUCUCUAAGGCCUCCUAGUCUCAUGCCUGUCUGCAUGUCCAAAUUAAAAAUCGCUGCGAGUAUAAACUGUCAAGGUAUUGUGCGUGUUACAAAUCACUGUGGUACUUUAUAGGCAGUUAACCAUAACACCAAUUUUCCAUAGUUGUUCUUAAAGGUCAAGUGUUUGAGGAACACAUGAAAGCACUUUAUUGUUCAUUACAUUCAGUAUGACUUGAAUUGUAAAGAUGUGUUAUUUAACUUUAAAUUAAUGAGACCAUUUUGCUGUAAAUAUUCCAUUUGACUAAACCCCCAUGUUAAUGUGAGAACCUCGUCAAAGUAAAAGCAUCUUUUUUUAUAGACCAUCCCUGUUGCUUUUUCACUUAAUCCUUUGUUUUUACAGCAGCAGCCUUGUGUAAUAAAACUUCAGUCAAAUAUUCAAGUGUGUUGUAUCUGUUGAACAGCGGUCUGUGCUGAGAGCAUGAGAGCUAAUGUUAGCUGCUAGACAAACACACACUUUUUAAGUGUCAACAGAGGCACAGAUAAAGAGAACAAGAGUCCACAGGAAUCUGUCAAGGUCAAGUUCACUAUGACACCAGAUGAUAUUUGGUAUCUGUGUUAUACUCUCAGCACAUAAUUUACAACACGCUGAGACACAUAUGUUUAGUGGCUUAGCAUUGUGUAUCUGUACGGCAAGCCAUUGUAACAUUUAUUUGUCAAGUUUAACUACCUGGAAUGAAUUUAUAUCAUUAGGCCUAUAGAUAUCUACUAGACAUUUUGACUAAUCACAAAUACAUUAUGACUAGUCAAAAUUAUGAAUCACGAUAUCUGCAAUAAAAAUCUAAUUACUAAAAGUGACAAUUACAGAUGUCUGUAAUUCAAUUGUAAUGAAUAUCCAGUCUUGCUAAUAAAUGUUAAAACAGCU